CUUGUAAGUUCCUUUCAUGUGCUGAUGACUUGCCCAGAGUGGAAAAACUGGACUCAGGAUCUUCAGAGGCAGGAGUACCUAUAAUGAAAAGUAGCUUUGCUGCAAGUGGAAAAGACAAAAGCUUUACUGAAGGAUUGUCAAAUGUCUCGCAUCCAACGAUUCCAGAUGCAAGUUCUGCUGCUACCAAUGGGAUUAUUGUUGGCCUGCUCCAGAGGAUGAAUGAACUCCAGAAUGAAGUCAAUGCACUAAAGCUCAAGUCCAUAGUUGAUGCUCAAAUGGGAAUUCAUAUGAGACCCAAUCUUGUAGGCCCAAUAUUGGGGCCAUUGGUUGCCAGGACACAGACACAGUUAGGGGAUUCUGCAAGAAAUUUGUUCCAGAGCAUCCAAGAAAACCCGAGAUUGGGCGUGGAUGUGGAUAGGUUUUAUGAGGGACCACAAGGCUUUGCCAUCCCUACUGUCUCUGCCCCAAUCAGCACCCUGGCAAAAGGCCCUCCUCCUGGGUUUGCCCCGUUGCCAUACUACCUUUCCACUCCAGGACCUGCAGUCCACACAGAAGACAUAACUGCCCCACCUCUUGAGUCUUCAAAGCCCACUGAGGAGAUCUUCUACAGCGAUGAUGAAGAUGGAGUACCAGAGAGUCCUCCAGCACAAGAAGAGGCAGAGUGUCAUGUGCUUCCUGUCUGCUUCAAAGGCACACACACCUUCCACCUGGUAUUUGCAGGAGGCGAGGCACACCUCUUGAGUGGAGAGAUUUCACGCCUCCUGUGGAAUGCCAACAUCCUUGAGACCUUGCUGCAGGAGAGGGGCAUAGUUCUACCCUCCCUCAAGAUGACCAUAGCCAGUCACCAGGACAUUUAUCUCCGCCUGGUGGAGUGUGGCACUGAUGCAGUCUAUGAUGAUGUCACAGGUAAGCUACAGAAGACUCUAACUGCCUUCCCCCUGCAUGUCCUCCCUUGGAUACUGAGAUACUUCGCUCAUGAUGACCAGCAGCUUUUGGUGUGGGUGGAGGUACUGUGUGACAAGUAUAGAAAUGUGGACAGAGAGCAUGGAGAGGGAAGAGAACUGCAAGGAGAGGACGAGCAAGGAGCAGGAGGUGGACCAGCAGAAACAGAAGUUAAAUGUAAUAAACAUGGAGAUGAAGUAGCAGAACCACAAGUUGCAUUGGACAUUCAUCAGAGAGAACCUACAGUAGAACCAAGAGAACCAAUAUUAGGAUGGAAUAAACAGAGAGAAGAACUAGCAGAAGAACCAGAGCUAGAAUUAAGAUUGAGUAAACCCACAGUUUUGGAAGCAGAAGCAAAAAACCCAGAGCCAACAGAAGCAGAUCAUGCUGAUUCUGAGAUGUCGUUAGGGUUUAUGGUUCGGUUAUUGAGAAGCAAGUUGAAGAACUCUUCCACUGACUCUUGCAAAAGUGUGGAAGCUUACCAAGAGGUUCAACUUCAAGAAGAGAGACGGCAUGAUGGAGAAGCAGAGAGUCUGGCUUGUGCAUCAGAGCCAACAGAAGCAAGACAUACUGAUUCUGAGAUGCAAGAAGACUUCUCAAACCAACUCAAGUUUACAAAGGAUCUCCCAAGUACCAAAUACCCCAAAUUGCCACUGGAAAAUUAUCCAAGUCAGAAGAUCCCUGGUCACUGUAAUGGCACAAUGCAUGUGAAUACUGUGUCAGACGAGAAUAGGAAUCACAAGAGAGUCCCAAACAGAGGCCGAGGGAAGUUCAGUCUUUGUUCUGUGAGACGCCCAGGCUUCAACUACCAAGAUGCCACUGGGACAAGGCCGAAGAAUGUUCUUUUCAGAGAGAGACCCAGCCAGGAAGACCUGAACAUUUUUGAGGAAACGGAUACAUCCAGUAGCACAUUGAGUAAAGUCAACAGUUCAAGAAUUGUGAGGGAAGGGGGUAAACACCUACUACCUUCUCCAGACAUACCAACAGGGACCAGCAGUUCCGGUGCUCCCAGUGUGGAUGGUGUCUCUUCAUUCAUGCAUGCCUAAGUCUGGAUUAAAACGCUAUCCUCUGUGAUGGCAUUGCAAUCAAAUGAGUUACAAAGCCAUUAUGAUUGCUUGCUGUCAAAAGCUAGAUUUGCGUUUUCUAUUUUUCAUUAUUGCCCUUUUAGAAGGGCAGAUAAUUUUUGUUUGUUUUAGCCGUCUGUCAUGACCACAUAUGUUCAUAUAGGUUAGGAAAAGGAGAGCAAUUCAAACAUUAAUUUUAUUUCAUCUUUUAAAAAAUUAUUAGAUUUGAGUUUCAUUAUUGCCCUUUUAGAAGGGCAGAUUUUUUUUUGUUUUAGCCAUCUGUGAUAAGGAAAAGAAAUAUAUUUUAUUUCAU